AUUUGAAGCUCAUUCUCAGAAAGCAUUUCACUCUACUCUCUCCAGUCUCGCCAGUCACCAUUAUCACAUUUUGAAAUUUUAUCCUUCUGAUGUAAACAUAAUGAUCUCUCUUGCUUCUCUCUGACACAUCUGUACUCACUCAUCCACUCUUGCUUUCCUUCUACUUUCUCUCAACUCAACUCAACUCUUUCUUCAUUUUAUAUAUAUAUAUAUAUAUAUAUAUUUUUUUGUAUUCAUUGCCUCUUUCAUCUACCGGUUCUUGCCCUUCAUUUGUCCUUUUUUUUUUUUUGGUUCUGAAGAGAAAUUUCACACCCAUUUGAGAGAAAGCUGAAAUGGAACCUGGGUCGACCUCAAAUUCCAUGGACGGGCACAAGAGAGAAAAGGGUCGUAGCGCCAGGACCAGACUGAGCUCUAUGUUGCCAAAUAUUGAGCCCUUUGUGCGAAAAACCGAUCAUAAUCCAAGAGAGUUGAGAUCUUGGGCUAAGAAAACUGGUUUUGUUUCAAGUUUCUCUGGAGAAACAACUACAAGUGCUAGUGAGAAGUUUGAUAGUGCUGGUUUUGAUAUAGAGAAGGGUAGAGGAGGAGGUACUUCACCUAAGAUUGAAAUUGAUCCUAUUUUGGGCCGAACCAGGCCCAAUGCAGGCUCCGAAAUCGAAGCUGAUACUACCGCUGGGCCUGAUGGGAGGAGGAAUGAUAAUGCUAGAAAUGGUGGAAUUUCGGGGUUCAGACAUAAUGGAAAUGUCCGAGGUGGUGAGAAUGAAAGAAAAAGGAUUAGAGAAGAGGCUAUUUUGGGGGAUAAAGUUGGUGAGAGGUUGAAUGGGAAUGUGAAUGUAAAUGGAGAUAGAAAGGGAACUGUUAAUGGUAAUGGACAUGAGGUUCAUGUGGCUAAUCCAGUUGAAACUAAGAAAGAGGAAGAGAAAAUUGAACGAGAUGAGCAAAUUUAUAUUUACCCAGGUGGGCAAGAGCCUUCUGAUGAAGGGUGGCACAGACAGUCACAGAUGAGAUUUGGACUGAGGGAUAAUCCGGGUUUCGUACCACUCAUAUGCUAUGGUCUGCAACACUUUUUAUCUUUGGUUGGUUCUCUUAUAUUCAUCCCCUUGAUUAUUGUACCUGCCAUGGGUGGAACAGACAAAGACACCGCCACAUUGAUUUCUACAAUGCUGCUGGUUACUGGAGUUUCAACAAUAUUGCAUUCCUACUUUGGUACCCGUCUUCCAUUAGUGCAAGGGAGCUCAUUUGUGUAUUUGGCUCCAGCACUAGUUAUAAUAAAUGCUCGUGAGUAUCGAAAUCUCACCGAACAUAAAUUUAAGCAUAUUAUGAGGGAACUGCAAGGAGCUAUAAUUGUUGGUUCAAUAUUCCAAAGCAUAUUGGGAUUCAGUGGUUUAAUGUCCCUUCUUCUAAGAUUGAUUAACCCUGUUGUGGUGGCACCAACUGUCGCUGCAGUGGGUUUAGCAUUUUUUAGCUAUGGUUUUCCACAAGCAGGAAGUUGUGUGGAAAUUAGCAUUCCCCUGAUAUUGUUGGUCCUUAUAUUUACCCUAUACCUGAGAGUAAUAUCUAUCUUUGGACAUCGUCUGUUCAGAAUUUAUGCGGUUCCCCUGAGUGUUGUGAUCACAUGGAUAUAUGCUUUCUUCUUGACUGCUGGUGGGGCAUACGACUACAAAGGUUGCAGCCCUGAUAUACCCAGUUCAAACAUCUUAACUAAUGCAUGUAUAAAGCAUGCAUAUACCAUGAAGCAUUGCAGGACUGAUGUUUCCAACGCUUGGAGAACUGCUGCAUGGGUCAGAAUCCCCUACCCCCUACAGUGGGGCAUCCCGAUCUUCCAUUUAGGGACCUCCAUGAUCAUGAUCAUUGUAUCACUGGUUGCAUCGGUGGACUCGGUUGGAACAUAUCACUCUACAUCUAUACUAAUCAAUUUAAGACCUCCAACACCUGGAGUUGUUAGCAGAGGAAUUGCAUUGGAAGGGUUUUGUAGUAUAUUGGCUGGACUUUGGGGGUCAGGUACUGGUUCCACUACGUUGACAGAAAAUGUGCAUACUAUUAAUAUAACAAAGGUGGCUAGCCGAAGGGCGGCAGAAAUUGGAGCAGUUCUCAUGAUCCUCUUCUCAUUUGUAGGAAAAAUUGGUGCCAUUCUUGCUUCUAUACCACUGGCCUUGGCUGCUUCCAUACUAUGCUUUAUGUGGGCACUUAUUGUGGCAAUGGGUCUCUCGACUUUGCAGUAUAGUCAAUCAGCAAGUUUUAGGAACAUAAUGAUAGUUGGCAUUUCAUUGUUUCUUGGUUUGUCCGUUCCUGCUUACUUUCAACAGUACCAACCUGAGUCCAGUUUAAUAUUGCCAAGUUAUUUUGUCCCUUAUUCAGCAGCAUCUAAUGGACCAGUGCACACGGGCAGUAAACAACUUGAUUUUGCCAUAAAUGGACUCAUGUCAAUGACCAUGGUGGUGACCCUUGUGGUGGCAUUGGUACUAGAGAAUACUGUUCCAGGCAGCAGGCAAGAACGAGGGGUGUACAUAUGGUCUCGCGCUGAAGACAUGGCAAGUGAUCCAUCCUUGCAGGCAGAUUAUUCCUUGUCUAGAAAGAUCUCCAGGUUUUUUCGUGGGUCAAGAAGUUCUGAUGUGGUGUUUGGUGAUUGACAACUUAUUGAAUGAAUUGUGAAGUUUCCCUGUUGCAAUACAACUUUCCAGGAUGGAGUUAAGGAGCUUGGAGAUGGUAUGUUUAAGAUGAAAAGGGAAAAUUAUAGCUAACAAUACAUAUUUUGAUUACUUAUAACAAGAAUAAAGUAGUAGUAGCUAUGUAUUUGUAACCUAUUUGUUUUCGCCCCUGGGAAAUUUGUCCUUGUAAUUGAAAAACAUGAUUGAUUCUUACUAUAUACAAAGCUAAAACAUUCUUUAAGUA